AUGCCGACGGAACGCGACUACCAAAUCUCACCAAUCGUGCAGGAAUCCGUGAUGCACAACACAAAGGCCCUCUCAAAUCUACAGAGUCUUACAGCCUCGCUGUUCGGCGUUGCCGCAGGCAUUCUCGGUCUCGAAUCCUACAGCGGUUUUCUGUUCUACAUCCUAUUCUCCUUCGUCACCGUGUUCCUCGUCUACAUCUUCCGGAUCGCGCCGGAAUCAACAUCGGCGGGCUUGCCCUUCCUUAGUACCAGCCGAUACUUCAGAGGGCCAUUCGAGUUCUGGACAAGCGGCUUGCUGGGUGGACUUUCCGGUUUUAUUCUCACAUGGACACUAUUCUACGGUCUUGUACGGGCAUGA